AGCCACGGCGCGGUGCGAACUGUGUGACAAACAAGUGCCACACAGCAGCAACACCAGCAAUUUAUUCAAACAUAUGAAGACCACACAUCCCGAGAGCCACAGCGAGCUGGUAAAAAGACAGGCUCACGCUGCUGUGAAAGAACCUGCACCGCCACCCGCAGCCCGGCAGAAGACCCUGCACGAAAGUCUGCAAAAAAGCCAAGUGUAUCCAGAUGAGUCUCAAAGAGCACGUGAGAUCACAACAAGCCUUGCCAAAAUGAUUGUGAAGGACUUGCAACCCAUUUCAAUAGUAGAGGACCAAGGUUUCCGGCAUUUUAUGAAGGUGGUAGAUCCUCGAUACCAGAUCCCUAGUCGGAAAUCCAUGAUGACAGGUGAAAUUCCCAAACUGUACGAGCAUGCACAAAAAACAGUAAAGGACUCCAUGCAAUCAGCAAGCAGUGUGGUUUUAACAACCGACAUGUGGACUGCAAGAACCACUGAAGGUUAUUUGACUCUGUCAGGACAUUUUAUUGACAAAGACUGGCAGAUGCAGUCUUGCAAUCUUGCAACAAUCCAUGUAGCUGUGCAGCACACAGCAGACAAUAUAUCUGAACUCCUCAAAAAAACAACUGAUGAAUGGGGCAUCACCAGUAAGGUUCAUGCGGUUGUUACAGACAAUGGAGCCAAUAUGGUCUCUGCUGUGCGUAAAACUUGUUGGAAACAUAUUCCUUGUUUUUCUCACACACUCAACCUCAUUGUGAAGGACUCCAUUAAGGCUGACACAAGUCUUGAGUCCAGCUUGGAGAAAUGUAGUGCCAUUGUUCGGUUCUUCCAUCACAGCACCAGAGCAACUGACAAGCUAAAAGAAGUACAAAAUCAGUUGAAUUUACCACAGCAUAAACUAAUCCAAUCAGUGGAUACUAGAUGGAACUCUGUGUUGUACAUGAUUGACAGACUGUAUGAGCAACAACAAGCCAUCACAACAACACUUUGUCUUCUCGGGAGAAACAACAUGUGCCUAUGUGAUGAAGAAUGGUCCCACAUCAGGCAGGCCAGUGAUGUCCUCAGGCCUUUUGAAGAGGCCACCAAGGAGGUUUCAGCAGAGCAGUAUGUCACGAUUUCCAAAGUCAUACCUCUGGUCUGUCUUCUUCUCCAGAAAGUAACCACAUCUGCUGACCAGGGUAACAGUCUGGCUUCACAACUUGCUGCACAAUGCAAGCGAAGGUUCCAAAACAUUGAACACAACCACACUCUUGCAGCCAGCACCUUUUUGGACAUUCGCUUCAGAAACAUUGUGUUCAGUGAUUCUGCAAAUGUGGAGAUGAUUAAAUCACGGAUCAUCACAGAAAUGCAAGCCCUGGCCUGCGCUGAAACACAGUCAACGAGACAUGAGGCCGCCGCGACUGCAUCAACUGUGACACAAGAGUCACCUGCUGAGUGCUCAUCAUCCAAGGGAAUAUGGCAGGAGUUUGACAGUCGUGUUCUGGCUUUUCAGAGCAAUCGCACAGCAAACACAGAUGCGUAUGUUGAAAUGAGAAGAUACAUGGAGGAAAAGGUGAUCCCAAGGAGUGAGGACCCUUUGGUUUGGUGGAAAAAAAAUGAAACCACAUUCCCAAUGCUGAACAAAGUUGCGAAAAAAUACCUUGGAACUAUUGCAACGUCUGUUCCAGCAGAGAGACUCUUCUCUAAGGCCGGAGAAAUAAUCAGCCAGAGGCGUAAUCGUAUCAAAGCAGAAAACGUGAACAUGUUACUUUUCCUGAACAGCAAUCUGAGACUUCAGUAAAGUGUGACGUUUGACGACAUAUCUCGAGCACACUAAAAGUGUGAUGGUGUCAGACAUUUUUUCAAGUUCAUUUUCUCAGGGAACUGUCUUGCGUAUGCAGGUUUAUAGGACAAGGAAAUCCUAGUUUAUUGUGAUAAGGAAAUUAUUGACUUUGCUUCAGAGAAGUGUUAUAAGUUUACUUCC